AAAAAAAAAAAAAAAAAAAAAAGAGGGAUCGCGUCGGACACUUGUAAACAAAUCCCAUGGAUUAGAAUUAUUAUAGAAAUAGAUGUAAGAAGACGCGCAAAGAAAAAGACACUUUGGAGCACGUAUAUCGAAGUGACGUUUAUUGGUACGUUGAUUUAUAUUAGAUAUUUAUUUGUUGGACGAGUGAUCCUUAAGUUGAGCGAGAAUCACGUGUACUUUCUCCGUUUUACGGUGCGGCAUAGGAUCGCGAAGAUGUGGUGCUCUUCAAGCGCUCAGAUGGAGAAGCGUGCUCGAGGGGCCGACGAGAAGAGAUUCGACCAUCACCAUGACGACGAGUUCGCGAUGGAUAACGUCGACUCCGGAUUUUUAUCGGCUGGUAAUAUGCAGAUUAGUGGCGAGAUUCGCGAGUCCGGUGCAGUAUCGCAGUCGCGGCAGUUGGAAGAUAAUUGGCGGAUGAAUGAGCGAUCAGUUGUGCCGACAUCGCAAGGAGCGACGACCUCGGUAUCGCCGUUAUCAUCGCCGAUAUCAUCGCCGGUCGUCGACAGUAGCGUCGUCGACCUCAGCGAGGGCCUGAACCAGCUUACCCUACAGAAGCAGCCCGCGCCGGGUCAGCUGUCUGUCCUGAAUCCGCUCAUCGACAGCCGAGUUCGAUCCGAGCCAACGUCGAUUUUUCAACUAAUGCCUGUGAAAACAGGGGCCAGGUUGAAUCAACGAUCGAAGCAGGACGAUCUGCUGCUCGAAGAGCAUCAACAGGAAGGUGCCAACAAACGUGCAAUAAUUAACGAGGACACCUGGCAACUUUACUAUACGCAGGACGAUGACGGUGACACGCAAUUACAUAUCGCGAUCGUGCAGGGUUACGUGGAGGCUGCGCUCAUUUUGGUAAGACUGACUCCUCAUCCGUGUCUGUUGAACAUAUACAACGAUGACUGGCAAUCACCUUUGCAUCUAGCAGUGUUGACGAAUCAGUCGCUAAUCGUUAGACGAUUGGUUCUGGCGGGCGCAGAUCCAUCUCUGAGGAAUUUUCAUGGAAACACGGCUCUCCACCUAGCAUGCAUGAGCGGGGAUCUUGCUUGUGCCAAGGCUCUAACGGAUCCAUUGUCCCCGAUGGAGAGAAAUAAUUUGAUACCCGGACAAAUAGUACCAGCUUUACCUCAGAAUUUAGAGCAACGUAACUAUAGCGGUGAGAUGUGUUUGCACCUGGCCGCCAUUAACGGAUACGUGAAUCUGGUGCGUCUUUUGCUGCGUCUUGGUGCCGAUCUCGAGGCGAGGGAAGCCCUAGCGGGCAAAACGGCGCUUCACCUCGCAAUAGAACGGAGAUGUCGAUCGGUAGUUAAUUUCUUGCUGCAGGAGUGUAAGCCCUGUUUAGAUACGCAGACGUACAGCGGUCUAACGGCCUAUCAGCUAGCACUGUGCAUCGAUAGCCAGCUUGCUAGAGAAUUGGUGCGAUAUGGUGCAAAACCGGAGCCGCUAUCGGAUUCGGAUUCGGAGAGCAGUUCCGAGAACAAUUCCGAGAAUGAGACUUACGGAAAGGCGAGUUACUUGUCCACGAUCGUCAAGCUACAAAAUGCAGUCGAACUGAAAGUCUAAAAUAAGUAAGUCACCGAUAAGUAUCCGAUUAAUCGAAUGGAUCUAAAUAUUGUUAGGUGAGCGAAUGAAAAAGAAAAAAACGACAUAAAAUAUGUAUGACGCACGAAAACAAAUCUCGAAUUACAUACAUAUAUAAAAAUUACUACAAAGUUUUGUCGAAUUCA